AUGUCUUCCGAAUUGUUUGUCCGUGGCAUGCUCUACUUGUCCCUCACUGUGGUUGGUGUUCCCGGGAAUCUUGCAGUAAUUAUGGCAUUUUUGCUUCUGCUUUACCGAGAAAACCGCCUUCUUCCAGCCAACGCCAUUGUCCUGCACUUGGCCUGUGCUAACCUUCUAGUUGUGGGUGUCCGCUGUCUCCUGGAAACUCUGGAAUCCUUCUCCCUCACUGAAGUCUUCACGGAUGUUGGUUGCAAAACUGUAAUUUUUAUCUAUCGAACAUCCCGCUCGCUGUCUAUCUGGUUGACCUUUGUCUUGAGUACCUACCAGUGUUUGAGCAUUGCAGCACCUGGUUCUCACUGGGCCUCUGCACGCGCUGUAUUUGCGAAGUAUCUUGGUCUCGUUUUCUUUUGCUUAUGGCUUAUCAAUACUUGCAUGAGCUCGGCGGGCAUUGUGUUUUCCUUUGGCAAUCAGAACAUCUCCGCCCUCCACGGGAUCAACGUCCAGUUCUGUCAUGUGUACUUUCCCUCCAGACUCUCCAAAGAAGCCAAUGGAGCAGCCCAGGUGGGACGAGACGUAGUACCCAUGGUGCUUAUGACUCUAGCCAGUUUGAUUAUUCUCAUUUUCUUGUACAAGCACAGUAAGCAGGUGAAGGGGCUUCGAGGGGGCAGUGGAGGGGGGGCAGAGCAACGUGCUGCCAAAGCUGUAGUAGCUCUAGUGACUCUCUAUGUGGUUUUGUACGGCGUUGAUAAUGGGAUUUGGGUGUAUACCUUGACUGUAAAAACAACAAUGAAGUCCUCUCUCAUGUCUGACCUGCGUAUUUUUUUCUCGUCACUUUACGCGGCCCUCAGCCCAUUGGUCAUUAUUGCGUCUAACAGGAAGGUGCACGGACUGCUCGGGUGUCUAAGGAUUGAGAAACCAAUUACUGAGAAGGCAACAACUCUCUCUACAAUGUGA